AGAUGGGUAACAGUGGUAUUACACUGUUUUUACUGACUGUGAUCCUGCAAUUCCGAGAAUACCUGUCGGGGAGCACCUGUUACGAACAACAGUACAACUACUUCACCAGCAGUUACUACUACACUUACUAUGGCUACUGUUCAUUCGGUUGCUGUGGUUAUACUUCCAUCCGCUACUGUUGUAUCUCGUCUUACUAUACCUACGAGUACACCGCGGCGUCAUUGUCGAUUGGUGUUAUUGUUGGUGCCAUCAUUGGGGGUCUCGUCUUCCUCGGAGUGAUGAUAGCUGUCGUGAUCUGUUGUAUUUGCAAAUGUACUGAGAAAUCCAGAGGACAGCGAGGAGCGGUGGUAGCCCCAGCAACAACAGGGGGCCCGGGGGUUGCCAUAGUGAACAGCCAUGUGAACAUGCCCAUGCAGCCCCAACCGUACUAUCAGAUGCAGGGUCAGCCUAUUCCGACAGUUCAACCCCCACCGUACAACAACGUCGGAGGCCUUCAGUACACACCCGCUGCUUAUCCGCCGCCACCCCCGGCCUACCCCCCAACAGCACCACCACAGCAGCCCGAUCAUACAUCCUCGCCUUUUGCGCUACAAAGUAACAUCCAAUCCAGUGUGAACAGCGCCCCACCGACAACAAAGCAUCACUAAAGUACCGGUACGUUCGUAACCGCUCUGGUAUGUCUACUUGAAACCUUUCAGGACUGCAAUCUCCCAGUUUACAAACUGCAAUAAAAGUAAAAAUAUGAGUAAAAACACGACGCAAGGAAGCGACCAAUUAAAUACUUAGUGUGUCGACGCAGGAAGCCGGACAAAGUAAGCAAAUUAUUGCACUUUAUGGGUAUUUGAUUGAUUAUGAACUCAACAGUGGUACUAAAUUAUACAAAUAAUGUCUAAAGUGUUCCAAAACACAUAUAUAGGAAGACAUAAGAUAUAUUUGCAAUAAAGCUUUAUAUAACAUGAUUUGUUUUAAAUUUUGGUUACAACUGAUAUGUAUUCUUAAACUAAUAUUUCUGGUAACAAACAAUAUCUGCACAUGCGUUGAUAUGUGAUGGCCGAUAGCGACAGGACACUUCUGAUCAUGGUUAUGUUCAAAAGUAUACCUUGGGAUAUUUACGAGAAUGACGCUUUUGACCACUUCUAUAAUAAAAGUGGACCAUAUGCACUUCGGGUCGAUUUUAAAAUCAAAAGAGAACCAUUGUACUUUUGGAUAUAGAAGUGAUAGAAAGUGUUACUCAGAGAUAAAAUGAACCAUGGUACACUUAAGAAUAAUGAAACGUGCACUACGAAACAAGUGCGCCAUGGAAACCUUACCAUUUACACAAAUUGUUAACCACUUUUGACGCCGUAACGUCAAAACACAUUGUUCAUGAUUGCAUUAUGUUAGGAGGAUAGAAAUCUAGCAU